CCACCCUGUAAUGCGUUGUACAAUUCCAGCCCUGAAGUACAACUGUAAAUCCCAACCUCCCACCUUACCUAAUACCGCCUAGAGUAACCUCUCCACCGACGACAAUUAUUUCCUAGGUUCCAUCCCACUUUCACGAUACUGUAGAAUAGAACAUGCUCACCGCAGUAUAAGGCAUACGGUACAAGUCCGAUCCAGCCCAUAAUGUCCUCACCAAGAGAAGGCGUAAAUCCUUUGCGCCCUUACUACAUACCACCAUCUAUAGGAGAGCAGGUCGACGCUGUUCCGCCACAACCGAAUCCAUUUUCCCAUGGAAAUACGACGGUAGCAACCCCAACUGCUCCAAACAAAUACGCGUCCAGGGCACGAGACAUCUUUCCAGAUAUAGACUAUAAGGAUCACCUAGACGAUCUGUCACCGUCGGCGGUUCAAUCCGUAAAGCAAUUCAUAGACGAGCUAUUAUGGAAGUACACGUCGGUGCUCAUGUCCCAACCCUUCGAGGUGGCCAAGACGAUUUUGCAAGUGAGGAUUCAAGAUGACUUGGGGAACUUGAAUACUCCUGAACCUACGAGGGCCCCAAGGAAAGCGAGCCCAGGUCUUAUGAGCCCGACAAGCCUUGGAAGCCCAGAUCUCGACAGCCCAAACCCGUUAAACCCAAAACGAUCUGUAUGGGACGAGGGUGGUGAGACGGAUUCCGAUCCAGAAGAAUCUGCAUAUUUCACCUCUAGUACUCCGUAUACGCCUACGCCGUCCACGCGAUCACAUAGAAGGAGGGGUUCGUCACCGUUAGGCUCUCCGAAACCGCCCCCAAAGGCCGAAGUCAUGCCCCAUCAACUCGUCCUUCGACGACCCGAUUCCAUAUUCGACGUCAUAUCGCAACUGUGGUCGAAAGAGUCGGCGUGGGGUGUUUGGAAAGGGACAAAUGCUACCUUUCUCUACACGGUACUGCAGUCAUUGUUUGAGAAUUGGUCGCGCAGUUUGCUGAGCGCGCUGCUAAACGUCCCGGAUUUAGGACUAAAGGAUGACGUCGAUAGGCUAGUCGACGUCGCAUCGCCCUAUCCCUGGGCCUCUCUUUGCGUUGCCGCCGCCGCCGCUGUUGCGACAGGCUUGAUUCUAGCCCCUCUCGACCUCGUGAGGACACGAUUAAUCGUGAUACCUACCGGGCGUAGCUCACGCCGAACUCUAGCAACUCUGCGAGCUCUCCCUUCGUGGGUGUGCCCCACAUCCCUGAUAGCCCCCACGAUGCUCAACUCCCUCGUUCACCCAUUCUUCACCUUAUCUACUCCUCUCGUCCUCCGCUCGCAGUUCCUAAUCGACCGCGAGCAAUCCCCUAUGACUUUCUCGAUCGCCAAAUUCUGCGCCUCCUGUGCAUCCUUAUUCAUCAAGCUACCCCUGGAGACCGUACUACGCCGUGGCCAGGUUGCGGUACUAGCAGAACCUACAUAUCUAGACGCUCUAGAUGAGACCGGUCAGAUGGACACGGUUGUGCCGCCCGGGCCAUACAACGGUGUGGUCAGUACGAUGUACACCAUAGUAUCCGAGGAAGGCUCGCGUGCCGUCGCGGCCAAGAUUAAGGCUCCGCCUCGAGGCCGCAAGUUGAAGUCACCUAAGGCAGCAGAUGUUAUUUAUAGAAAGGGUCAGGGCUUUGACGGUCUUUGGAGAGGGUGGAAGGUGAGCUGGUGGGGCCUCGUGGGUUUAUGGACGGCUGGAGUAGCCGGAACUGGUGGUGAGGGAGAGUUUUGAACAUCUUCUCUCGACCCACCUACUGCCUAUCAUUGCCUAUCUGGCAAAUCCAAGUAAAGAAGAGACGAACGGAGUUUUGGUGUUGGUGAUGUUGAUUCAUGAUGCCCUUUGGGCUAGCUAUUCACUCCUCAGCAAUGGGUUCAUGUGCGCGAAAAGAAGAUAAAGAGCACUUCAUGAGAUACGGCUUGAUAUCCCCUAUUCAUAUUGUACGACCCAGAUUCCGCUCGUGCGGGAUUGCUUGUAUGUACAAAGUUUUUGGAAAAGUUUAUAGAGCUGUCGUUUCAGUCUACUCUCAACUUUCAUACCUA